AUGGCUCUUACAUUUAACUGGAUGAUACUAAGGUCUUUUCUGGCGGAGGGCCUGUGCACGUCUCUUUUCGCAUACGCAGUGUACUCUGUGGUCACCGGCGUGAACAUAACUCCGGUUGCGGACGGAGUAGGAAACAUUGCUGUUACGCUGACCAUAGCGCUCACCAGCGUCGCCAUUAUAUACUCGUUUAUGGACAUAACAAUAGCCCACUUCAACCCUGCCAUUACGCUGGCAGCCAUAGUCACGGGAAAGCUUCCCAUCUGGAUGGGCCUGGGGUACAUUGUUAUGCAGUGCGCAGGCGCCAUGCUGGGGUCUGCAGCCAUGCUUCUGACCAAGCCAGGGCCCUCUUCUGAGCUUCUGGGGUACACCCGGUCGACAAUAGCGGCAGACGCAAACAUAGGACAGGCGAUCCUCACCGAAAUGCUGCUGACCGGAAUACUCACCUAUGUUGCGUUCUCCGUGGCCAUCAACGUGUUCAACCCGCCGACACAGGUGAAAAUAGAGGUGCCCGACGAGGCGGAGGACAACGACAAGCUGCGGGUGGUCACUUCGCAGGCCCCAAACAGGUCCGCGUUCGCCCCCAUUGCGAUAGGCUUCACGCUUGGGUUUCUCUCUCUUCUUGGGAUCGGGUCCAGCGGAGGAGUGUUCAACCCUGCCAUCACGCUGCCGGGCGUGCUCUUCUCUGGCGUCUGGAAAGACUGCUGGGUAUACUGGGUUGGGCAGUUCGUGGGCGGCAUAGUUGGCGCGCUGCUGCAUGUAACAAUCUUCUUUAAGUCUGUUUAA